AUGGAACGUGUGCGGAAGAUGUUCCCGUGGGUGGGCGAGGUGGCAGCUGCCCUGCAGGAAGCCAUGAAGAAAGAGUGCUGGUGGGAGGCGCAGGUGCAGAAGCCAGUCACCUUUGAGGAUGUGGCAGUGAAUUUCUCCCAGGAAGAGUGGGAAUGUCUGGGUGCCAGUCAGAGGGUCCUUUACCAGGAUGUCAUGUCAGAAACCUUCAGGAACCUGGCGUCUGUGGCCAGAAUCUUUCUGCAUAAACCAGAUCUGAUCAGCAAGCUUGAGCAAGAAGAGGAGCAGUGGAGAGCGUGUCUCCGUCCCCCAGACAGAGAAGGUCUCCUUUCAGAAGACGAGGAGGAGGAGCGUCACGAACAAGAGCAGAAUCUGAGAGAUGAGGGGACUAGUGACCACAAGAAGGUCACUCUUGCUUGCGGAGGGGCCUGCCGGUGCCCAUCCUCUGCUCCAGCCAGGUCUAUGGGCAGGACCCCCAUGUUCCGAGUAUCCCAGGCUGGGCCACCCUUUUUUUGCCACACCUGUGGCAAGAGUUUCAGCAGGCGCUCCUCCCUCUAUAGCCACCAGUUUGUCCACAGCCCCAAGCGGACUAACAGCUGCGGGAAGUGUGGGAAGUUGUUUCGGACCCCCAAGUCCCUCAGCUACCACAGACGCGCGCACCUUGGGGAGAGGCCGUUCUCUUGCUCUCUCUGCGACAAGACCUAUUGUGAUGCUUCUGGACUGAGUCGCCACCGCCGUGUCCAUCUGGGUUACCGGCCCCACUCAUGCUCCGUGUGUGGCAAGGCCUUCCGGGACCAGUCUGAGCUCAAACGCCACCAGAAGAUACACCAAAACCAAGAGCUGGUGGCUGGAACCUGGGAUUGUACUGUAAGGAUUCCAGGCGCCACUGCUGGAUGGCAGAUGCCCAUCAUCAGAAGCCCAGGGGCCGUCCAGGAGCCUGUGGGUGUGGGCCACGCACCAGUGGCCAGGACCCAAGGAUCCACAUUAAGAACUGAGGGUCCUGUGGCCCAGCCCCAGUCCCCUGUGCUUGGGAACCAAGCCCCUGUGACCAGGACCCAGGCGCCUAACGCUAAAGCCCCCUGCCUAGGUAGCACAUCCAACUCUCAUCCCGUGAGGCCCUCACGGCUCACGGUCCUCUCUUCCCCCCAUUGUCCCCUGACUUUUAGCACGAAAGACUAUCUUUCCAGCCACCAGAAGACCCACCCCACAGAGCAGCUUAACUGCUGCUUCCAUUGCGCCAAGUGCUUCAGCUCAUUCUCCAGGCUGGUCAGGCACCAGCAGACCCACUGGAAGCAGAAGAUCUACCGCUGCCCAAUCUGCGACCUCUGCUUUGGAGAGAAGGAGGGCCUCGUGGGUCACUGGAAGGGCUAUAAGGGCAGGGAACUGUGCCUGGGCAGCGCUCGGAAAUGCUGGGUCACCCUGGGCCAGUGGCUUGGCUUCUUCCACGAUGCCUCCCCUAUGGCUGGGAAGGAUGGGAAGCGUGUAGGAAAGGGGUCUCCUCCCGGGAUCCACAGGCCCCGGAGGCGGGGCAAGGGAGGCAAAGCAGAGGAGGCAGCGGGGGUCUUGAAACAUAAAUAA